AUGCUCAAUGGAAUUAUGCCUCAAUGUUUCAACAGUCUAUCAUCUCUUAAGUCGUUAUCCAAUCAUUCAAAGCUUGAGGUAAUUCGCUUUUUAAGCAACAAUGACAAAUUUGAGGUGGAAACAGAAGAGCCUAUAGGCUGGAUUCCAAUGUUCCAGUUGAAAGUUGUAAUGCUAUCUAAUUGCAAUAUGAAUAGGCAUAAAGGGCGUGUUCUUCCAGGGUUUUUGCUACACCAGCACCAGUUACAAGAAGUAGACAUGUCUCACAACCACUUGGAGGGAAAAUUUCCAAAUUGGCUGAUUGAAAAUAAUACAAAUCUUGAAGUUCUUAAUCUAAGGAACAACUCCUUUACCGGCAUGCUGCUGCAUAGGAACGCUAAUAUGCUGGAACUGGAUAUGUCUGGAAAUCGAAUGAUAGGUACUAUUCCCGAUGAUAUGCAAAAAUUCUUUCCCUACAUCCAACAUUUGAAUUUGUCCAAGAAUUCUUUAAGUGGUGCUAUACCAUCUUCACUUGGUAAUUUGAGGGAUUUACGAAUACUGGAUUUAUCUGAUAAUGAAUUAUCUGGAGAAGUACCAAAGGGAUUGUUUACAUACAUGUCUAGUUUGAUGAUCUUAAAACUAUCAAACAACAAAUUGUAUGGCAAUGUACUUUCAGGAAACUUAAGUUUAGGUAAAAUCCGAGAGCUCCACUUAGAUAGCAACUGUUUCACUGGUAACAUUGAAAAUGAGCCCAGCACAUAUAAUAAGCUGAUGAUUUUAGAUAUUAGCAACAACUUUUUUACCGGUAUGAUCCCUGGGUGGAUAAGCAACACAAGUGAGUUAUCUGAACUUGUGGUGAGAAAUAACAGUUUGGAAGGCAGAUUCACUGGACCAAUACCCAAUUUCUUUCGUAAUUUGACUAAUGUUUUGACUUUAGACAUCAGUAACAAUGACUUGUCUGGAAGGAUUCCUAAAUUUCUUGGAUUGGAUUUUUCCUGUAACAAACUAACCGGUGAAAUUCCACAAGAACUGGGAUUCUUAACCCAUCUUCGUGCUUUAAACCUCUCUCACAAUCACCUGACUGGACCCAUUCCAGUGAACUUCUCAAAUCUUGCAAAAAUAGAGAGCUUGGACCUUUCUUCAAAUGGUUUGACCGGAAAUGUUCCAUCACAACUCAUUAAACUUACCGCUCUAUCUACUUUCAAUGUUUCUCACAACAAUCUCUCAGGCAGACUCCCAGAUAUGAAAGCACAGUUUGGUACUUUCAUGGAGGCAAGCUAUGUAGGGAAUCCACUUCUUUGUGGACCUCCACUGGAGAAGAAAUGCACAACUAAUCCACACGUGACCAAUCCACCAGCCAUAGAAGACAAUGACAAAUGGUAUGAUAUCGACAUGACAUUUUUCUAUGGAAGUUCUGGUUCGACGUAUGUUGUGUUCUUAUUGGGCUUUGUUGCGCUUCUUUACAUCAAUCCUUAUUUGCGCAAAUGGUGGCUAGACUUGGUUGAAGACUAUAUGUUUACAUGUUAUUACUUCCUUUGUGAUUCAGUCAACUAUCUCUCCACGCCCUUCCAUUAA